AUGAAUGUUUCCACUGACAACCCCACUACCAAAAAGACGAAGAAGAGAAAGGCUUCAACAGCUGCCGAGGAAGUUGUUGUACGGAUCGAGCCACCAACAAGUGUAGGGGUUAAGUAUGAAGAUGCAAUAGACAUUCCUCUAGCAUCCCCAGCAGUUGUUGGGUGCGAUGACGAGGUCGAGGGAGACCGUAAUGUCGGUAACUAUCUCAUGUAUGUUGUGAUGUUUGUUUUGGGUAUGGUUCCUCGAAUUAGUGAUGUGGAAAGUGAAGUGUUGAUGGCGUUGUUGCUUCGAAACAAACAAUGGGGCAUAGUACUUGAACGAGGCAACAUGACAACCCAACUCUUCAGGGAUGUGUUAAUGCGCAUGAAAAGGAGACUGCCUAGAUUUUACAUUGAUCAAACUGAUCUUGUCAAGAUUAUUUUUUUCUGGAAAAAUCAAUACUUCACUAUCAAGGAUAUGUUGAAGACGAGGAUGUUUGCUUGGGACUCGACUGACUCGUGCGUCAUCGAUGGGCCUAUCGCUGGAGCGCAUGACUACCUUGUGGUAAACAAGUUUGCAAGAACACAUUGCAUUGAUCCAUGUCAUUUGUUCGAGAAAAUGAUGGAGGUUUUCGACAACGUGUCCCCAAAAGAGCUGAUUGAAAGUGUGGGCUCCUGUUCAGGUGGUGAUCCAGUAGAAGACAUAGAGAUUAUCGAUGUUUCUGAUUAA